UCCUAAGCUUAAAUUAAUAUGAGUUUCUUUCAAAUAAAGAUUUGCAUGAUACUUUUCGGUUUUUAGCAUAAAACUCAAAAUCAGGUUUUAGAAUAUUAAUAACAUAAAAAAAAAGAAAAUGGAUUGCAAAAUCGACAAUAAUGAAAAUUUGUCCGAGGUUUUGGCCAAGGUUAAAGAUUUUGAUACCGAAAUCUAUCCUAUUCUUAUUGAAAUGUUCAGAAGGGAAAAAAUCACAGACACAUUUAAGCAUUUAAACAAUCAAAAGCUAGCGCAGUUAGGAAUUAAAAAUACUGACUACUUGAUUAAAAUUCUCCAAAUAAUAAUCGAGCUUGACUUUAAUAAAAAGAACUAAUCAAAUGAAGAUUAAGCAUAAAUUAGAAAAGAAUUGAUUAAAAAGAUUGGUGAGGAGAGACAGAUCAUUGAAUUUUUGAAAUUCCUUGUACGCCUGACAGCCGUUGAUGAGAAAUUUAUCUAAUGUGGAUCUAAUAUACUAAAUCUUUUAGUCGAAAUGAAAGUUGAUUUGAGGGAUGAGAAUUUUGAGAAUAUCAGGAUUAGAGAUACCUCUUUGGUAGGUGGAAAUUUCGUAAGAUGCAAUUUCAAUGGAUCAGAAUUUGAUAAUAUCAAUAUCAGUGGAAUUAACUUGAAUUAGGCAUAACUACUUAAUUGUAUAUGGAAAAAUAUCAAAAUUCAUGAGUUAAAUAAAUUAGAUGGUCAUAGUUAAGGUGUCAAUUUGGUAUGUUUUUCUCCAGAUGGUAAGUCAUUAGCUUCUUGUAGUGAUGAUAAUUCAAUUAUAUUGUGGGAUAUUAAAACUGGGAAAAUGAAAUAAAUAGUCAAGGGAAAGGGGGUGGUAAAAUCAUUAUGCCUCUCACCUAAUAAUACUACAUUAGCUUUUAGCAGAAAACAAUGUGUGUAUUUAUGGAAUCUUAAAACAAGAAAAUAAAAAGCCAAAUUAGAUGGUCAUUUAGAUGAAAUUAGAUCUGUUUGUUUCUCUCAGGAUGGUACUACAUUAGCAUCUAGUAGUUAUGAUAAGUCAAUCCGUUUAUGGGAUGUUAAGAUAAAAUAAUAAAAAGCCAAAUUAGAUGGUCAUUCUAACAGAGUUUAUUCAGUCAAUUUCUCUCCUGAUGGUACCACCUUAGCAUCUGGUAGUUUGGAUAAGUCUAUCCUUUUAUGGGAUGUUAAGACAGGAUAAUAAAAAGCCAAAUUAGAUGGUCAUUAAGAUUAUGUUUUAUCAGUCAAUUUUUCUCCUGAUGGUACUACAUUAGCAUCUGGUAAUUAUGAUAAGUCUAUCCUUUUAUGGGAUGUUAAGACAGGAUAAUAAAAAGCCAAAUUAGAUGGUCAUUCUUAUUCAGUUUAAUAAGUCUGUUUCUCUCCUGAUGGUUCUACAUUAGCAUCUGGUUCUGCAGAUAAAUCUAUCCGCUUAUGGGAUGUAAAAUCUAAACAACAAAUCUUAUCUUCCAAUUUUAAUUAUAGAAAUAUUUUAGCAUAAUUCUAACCUCAAAUAUUAUCAAACAAAAUUCAUCCAGAAAGUGCUGCCUUUUAUAUUACAAUUUUGCGAAUUUCCUAGAAUCCCAAUUUAGAAGCUUAAGGAACUUUAAUCUUGAAAGGAUAAUUUAUAAAUUAUUAGGGCGUAGAUCUAAAAUCAUUUUUCAAAUCCAAAGGGAGUUUGAUAUUCCAAGACUAAUUCGAAUAGAAAUACAAUUGA